UCUCCUCUUCCUCUGCUUGCAGCUGUUUCUGUCACUGACUCUCUCUCUCUCAGUCAGUCAAUGCUUCCACUUUAGUUAUUGUGUGUUUUUAGGUUUUUAUUGAAGCUCUCAGGUAUUAAAGAUGUCCGGGGAGCUGCGGGCACAGCUGGAGGAGUUUCUGCAGACUUUAAACAUCCAGACGAGCUGCGUGGAGCAUCCGCCGGUGUUCACGGUGGAGGAGAUGAUGCCUCACCUGCAGGACGUGAGCGGAGCCGUCACUAAGAAUCUGUUCCUGAAAGACAAGAAGAAGAAAGGACUGUGGUUAGUGUCUGCUCGCCACGACCGACAGGUGAAUCUCAACGACCUCGCCAAGAAGCUCGGCGUCGGCAGCGGGAAUCUGCGCUUCGCUGACGAGGCGGCCAUGUUGGAAAAACUCAAGGUGGGUCAGGGUUGUGCCACGGCUCUGGCUCUGCUCUUUGAUAAGGACCACAGCGUGAGGUUCGUGUUGGACCGGGACCUGGUGGAAGGAAACCACGAGAGAGUCUACUUCCACCCGAUGACCAACGCCGCCACCAUGGGGCUCCGACCCGCCGACCUGCUGCGCUUCCUGACGGAGACGGGACACGAACCGGUCCUGGAGAACUUCGAGACGAGUGUCUGA